GUGGAAAUUUCGCUUCCAGCACAUGAACAUAUUGGACAUUGAAACGCGGCGUGUAGUCAAGGUCAUAAGGUCUGUGAAAGCUCCCAAAUGUCCACCUGUGAUGACUUACGCGAAUUUGAGGAACAGAUCAAGCUUCAAAAUACCAGCCAUGUUAGUGUUGAGGUGAAAACAAGAGUGGACCCAGAUGGGACGGUCAUGGAGUGGGAUGAGAAACGGAAAGCCUGGUUUCCUAAAGUAGGUGAAACGGGAAUGUUUCCUUAAAUAUUGUGGUCACUUACUAAAGGCCUUGGGUUCACUAUGGCAUUUCCGGACAAAGUAAUGCAAUAAUUUAGGGUGCACUUAGUUUCAGGAAAUGUUUCCUAAUAUACCCGUGUUUUUUCUUAGCAUUGUCUGCCUGAAAUUCGUGAAAAAUAGACUUGAUUUUACGACUUCAUCCGAAAUUCAUUUUUCCUUUUAGGCUGUUUUGUAAUGUCAUUUAUUUGCGAGUAAAGGGAAAAAUCUGGAAUGUUUAUCACGGAAAAUAAGCAGCAACUUUUCGACUUGCACAAGUUGUCAAAAUUGAUGAUGAUUUCAUUGCACGAUAUCAAAUGAGUUAUGGCGUGAAUGCAAAUAAUCAAUGUGAAUCUUCUGCCAAUACUGAAACAACAACAACAACUACCGCUACUACUGCCACUGCACAGAAUGCCAAUACUCCUGUAGACUGGACAACAUUCAAUGCACAAUUAGCUCAACUUAGAGCUGAUAAAGGCGAUGAUUGUGAUGAAGUUCAACAGUUGAUGAAAGCUGCCAAUGAAUCAUUAACUGCCUAUUAUAAUUCACCUGCCUACCGUGAAUGGUAUGAAAAUUAUUGUAAACAACAAAAAGAUGUUCAGCCUAAUAAUAAUCAACCAAUUAUGGAAUGCAGUAAAUCUGACCAACUGCAGAAAACAUUGGCUGCCAAUAAGGCGAAGUAUGAAUUAAAACCAUCUGAAAGGAUGCUUAAUAAAUUCUUGGAUGAUGGCGACGAUCCAGAUGUGGCAUUGGCUCGAGCUGAAGCAGAACUGCUAUCUGGUGUCCAACCUGUUAAAACAACAGAUGAUAAUCAUAAUGAAUUGAGUAAUAAUCCCGGUGGCAGCGAAGAACACAUAUCAUCAUCAGCAGUAUCUAAUGACGACGUGAAUACUGCUCAAGAGGAUCCAGAUAGUCAAUCGAAUCAACGUAAAAGAAAACAGAUAGCUCCUCCACCUGCCUGGUAUGAAAUAGAUGACAGUAAGAAUACACACGUCUACGUGAGUGGAUUACCUCCAACAAUAACAGAUGAUGAAUUCUUAACUCUUAUGUCUAAAUGUGGUGUUAUCAUGAAUGAACCAUUUACUAAUGUACCUCGAUUAAAAUUAUACAAAGAUCAAAAUGGCAAGCCUAAAGGUGAUGGACGAUGUUGUUACAUUAAAGUGGAAUCUGUGGAACUGGCUUUGAAAAUUCUCGAUGGUAUGAUGUAUGCACCAGGUUAUACUGUACACGUGGAACGAGCUAAAUUCCAGCCUAAAGGAGAAUUCGAUCCAAAGAAACGAAGGCGUCUAACACUGAAAGAGAAGAAAAAAUUGAAACAGCAGCAAGAAAACCUUUUCCGAUGGGGUAUUGAUAGCAGUCGAUUUAUACGUGGUAAAAAAGAACGCGUUGUAAUCCUUAAAAAUGCAUUUAAUGAAGCUGAUUUUCAGAAGGAUGUUACGUUGAUUCCAAUUGUAAAAGAACGUUUACGUGUACAAUGUGCUAAAUGUGGUAUUAUUAAAAAGAUUGUUGUUCACGAUGCACAUCCAGAAGGUGUUGUCAGUGUUACCUUCUCGACGCCUGAAGAAGCUGACACAGGUAUACAAUUCAUGGCUAAAGCUCUGUUCGAUUAUCCUGGCACUGGAGGUGCUAGACAACUGGAAGCGGAACGUUGGGAUGGUAAAACCAAUUAUAAUGUAUUCGAAUCGAAAGAUAAAGAGGCUAGCCGUUUACAGAAUUGGGAAGAAUAUCUUGGCGGUAGUUCUUCAUCUGGCGAAGAAGAUGAAAAAGGAGAAAGAGUAGAAGAAGCAGUCGGUGAAGGGUUAAAAGAUGCCGGAGGUAAAUUAUCCAUCUCUUCGAGUACUACUCAUAAAGACGAUAAUAAACACAGCAACAACAGCAACGAUAAAGAUAAUGAACCUAGUGCUGCAUGUAGACGUACCCAGUUAGCUUUCGAUGUCCCAUCCGAUUAUUGGGAACGAUUAAGUGACGAUGAAGACGAUCAAUCCAGUUGUGUAGAUACAGAUGAUAAUGACGCUGGAAAUGAUGACAGUGGAGCUGAAACCUCCUAAAAAGUACAAUAUAUGCUUUUUUGAUAUAAAUGUAUACAUAUUUUUGUUUUGUAUUCUUAUUUUCCUCUCUCUCUCCCUCUCCUCCCCCACAACCCACUCAGCCCCUUCAUCCAUCUUGAUCUCAUUUUGGUUGUAUAAAUUAUUUCCUCCUAUCUCUACAAACAUCAUACUCUAUGUAUAAUAAUAAAUAUCGUUUGUUAAGAGAGAAGUCCGUGUGGAACGCCAUUAUUAUCAUUAUCGUGUUAUAGCCUUUUUCAUGCCUGUGCGUGCGUGAGCGUGUGUAUGUAUGUAUAUAUUGCCAUCAUUCGUUUAGUUUAUAUUGAGAUAAUAAACAUUCGAUUAUUGAUUUUUUUUUCUUAAAAUAUUAUC